AGGUCCCCCCCCCUCCCCCCCUCUCUCUCUCUCCAGUUGCGUCUCCUCAACUCGCUCGCUCUCUCUCUCUCUCUCUCCUUGCCGCCUCAUUUGGUAUUGGUAGAAAGAUUGAAGAAUGAAGAAGGUAGAGCUGGUCUUCGUCCCUGCACCGGGGGUUGGCCACGUCGUAUCGACGGUGGAGAUCGCUAAGCUUCUCACUGCUCGAGAUCAACGACUCUCCAUCACUAUUCUCAUCAUCAAGCUCCCUUUCGACUCCAAGAUCACUUCCUUCGUCGAAUUGCUCUCCGACCAAUCCUGCGAUCGCAUCCGCUUCCUUCAACUGCCCCAUACCGACGCCGCCAGGGAGCUCCUCUCCAGAUCCGACGGCCGCGGCAACCCAGCCGAAUUCAUCCACUGGCACAAAUCACCGGUGAGAGAUGUUGUUUCCGAGAUGAUCUCUUCAGGCUCCGAUUCCUCAACACUCGCCGGUUUGGUUGUCGACAUGUUCUGCACGCCGAUGGUUGAGGUCGCGAAGGAGUUCGCUAUUCCGGCGUACGUCUUCUUCACGUCCAGCGCCGGCAUGCUCGGGAUGCUGUUCCAUCUGCAGAGCCUCCACGACGAGCACGGAAUCGACACAACGGAGUUCAGACCGGAUUCCGAUGAGGUGUUGGAGGUGCCGACGUUUGCGAAGGCCUUUCAGGUAAAGUGCAUGCCGUCGAGGCUGUUGGACAAGGACAGUGGGGCCAAGAUGUUCUACGGCGUCGCCAGGACGUUUAGAGAAGUCAGGGGAAUCAUCAUUAAUACGUUCAUGGAGCUGGAGACUCAUGCCGUUAAAGCCCUCGCUGACGACGCUAGCUUACCGGAGAUCUACGCCGUCGGACCGGUUCUAAACCUCAAGACGGAGCCGGAUAACGACGACCAAGUCAAAUCCAUCCUGGGCUGGCUGGACAACCAGCCGUCGUCGUCCGUCGUGUUCCUCUGCUUCGGCAGCAUGGGUGUCUUCCGGGAUGAGCAGGUGCUGGAGAUAGCUCACGCUCUGGAACGCAGCGGCCACCGCUUUCUCUGGUCCCUCAGGCGGCCGCCCCCUCCAAACCACCGGGGGAAGUUCCCGGCCGACUACGACAACCCACAAGAAGUCCUGCCGGAGGGCUUCCUGGAGCGCACGGCGGCGACCGGCAAAGUCAUCGGAUGGGCGCCGCAGGUGGCGGUGCUGUCCCACCCGGCUGUGGGCGCCUUCGUUUCCCACUGCGGCUGGAACUCCACACUGGAGAGCAUAUGGUGCGGCGUCCCAAUGGCGGCGUGGCCGCUCUACGCCGAGCAGCAAUUGAACGCGUUUCAGCUGGUGGAGGAGCUGGGAUUGGCGGUGGAGGUAAAGAUGGAUUACCGGAAGGAGAGCGAUGCAGUGGUGAAGGCGGCGGUGAUAGAGGGGGCGAUACGGCGGCUGAUGGAUGGAGAGAAAAGCGGCGAGAUCAUGAGGGAAAAGCUGGCAGAGAUGAAGGAGAAGAGCCGCAAAGCUGUUAUGGAAGGUGGGACUUCUUACAAUUCCAUGGCCCGAUUGAUAGAUGAUUUGGUCAGCAACACUAGUAAUGGUUCUUCAUGAGAGAGAGAGAGAGAGAGAGAGAGAGAGAUGGCUUUCAGUUUCCAUUAUUGCUUUUUUAAUUUGUCUGUUUGGGCCGGACCUGUGUGAGAGGUUCUCAUUAUCCUUGUUGGAUAAUGCUACAUGGCCAAUUUGGCCGACAAUGCGAUUGACAAUCUGAUAUAGUCGCGAGAUUUUAAUCAAAUUAUCGUGAGAAAUUGAAGGUCAAUUCUCUGCCCAAA